AUGGAGCAGCAGUCGAAUAGGACGCAUCGCCCCGCGAAGGAGAAGAAGAAGUUCGAAGGAUCAAACCCAAAGGCCUUUGCAUAUUCCAAUCCUGGAAAACUCAAUAGGCAGGCUGCCCGAUCGCACGAUGUCAAGGAAAAGAGAUUGCAUGUCCCUCAGGUGGAUCGCAUGCCCGAGGAGGCUCCUCCGACGGUUGUUGCCAUCGUUGGACCUUCUGGUGUAAGUUCUAAUGUUCAACCUGAUGUUCAAUCGAGAAUCGCAAUUCUGACCAGCACUCUUUUCUUCAAAUCUACAGGUCGGCAAGACAACACUUCUCAAAUCUUUGAUCCGUCGGUAUACCAAGCAGACCUUGAGCUCACCGCAAGGCCCGCUUACUGUGCCAAAAUCGCCGAUAUCGUUCUCCUUAUGAUUGACGGAAACUACGGAUUUGAGAUGGAAACCAUGGAGUUCUUGAACGCUUUGUCUACCAGUGGUAUGCCGGGUAAUGUCUUCGGUAUUCUUACCCAUCUCGACCUCUUCAAGAAGCAGAGCACACUGCGCAUGACGAAGAAGCGCCUGAAGCACCGUUUCUGGAGUGAAUUGUACCAGGGCGCGAAGCUUUUCUACCUCUCCGGUGUGAUUAACGGCCGCUAUCCCGACCGCGAAGUCCACAACCUUUCGCGAUUCUUGUCAGUCAUGAAGAACCCGCGUCCACUCAUCUGGCGUAACUCCCACCCUUAUGCGCUUGCCGAUCGCUUCUUGGAUAUCACCCCUCCCACCCAGAUUGAAGAAAACCCCAAGUGUGAUCGUACUGUUGCGCUGUAUGGCUACCUCCGAGGUACCAACUUCCCAGCUCAGGGUGCACGAGUGCACGUUCCUGGUGUCGGUGAUCUUACAGUCUCCGGUAUUGAAGGACUUCCUGACCCAUGCCCGACUCCCUACAUGGAUCAGCAGAUUGCCAAAGCUACUGGAAAGUCUUCCAGGCGUAAGCUCGGUGAGAAGCAGAAGCUGCUGUUUGCUCCCAUGUCUGAUGUUGGUGGUGUCUUGGUUGAUAAGGAUGCGGUUUAUAUUGAUAUCAAGACGAACACCUUCGACCGUGAUUCUGACGAAGAGUCUGAUGAUGAGAACCGCGGACUCGGAGAGCAGCUGGUGGUAGGCCUGCAGGGCGAACGUCGCUUGCUCGGCGAGGCCGAUGAGGGCAUUCGUCUCUUCCGUGGCGGUGAAAAGAUCGCUCAAGGAGAUGAGGCCGAGGAGACUGGCAGGAAACACAAACGCCAAGCCCGUAUUGCCGACGGAGAGCGUGUCACUGAGCUCAACUCCGAUGACGAGGAGGGUCUUGACAGCGACGAGGACGAUGAAGAACUCGGAGACGAUCAGGAUGAGGACGAUGACUUCAGUGGCGACGAGGAAGACGAGAUUGAUGUCUCCGCACCGGCGGACUUCGAAUCGAGCUUCAAGGAGCGCCAGAAUGGAAAGUCCAAUGGCGAGGAUGGAGACGUUGCUUUCGCUGACAGUGAUUCCGAUCUCGGCUCUAUUUCGUCAGUCGAAGAUCAGGAGCUGGAUAGCGGCGAUGAGGAUGAGGAAGAUGAUGGGGAAGAGGGCGAGGACGACGAGGAUGAUGAGGGCAAUGCUCGAUGGAAGGACAACAUGUUGGCCAACGCCAAGGCUCUCCAUGGAAAACGCCCUGCAUUCCGUGUCAAUGACCUGUCCCGCAUGAUUUACGAUGAGUCGAUCACUCCCAUCGAUGUCGUGCAACUUUGGCGUGGUGAAGCAGACGACGAGGACGAGGAGGAGUCCGACAUUGAAGCCGAUGAAGAUGGCGAGGAUUUCUUCAAGAAGACCGACAACGAGAAGCGGGAUCAAGCCGAUUUCCGCGCCGUCCCCGAAUACGACUACGAAGAGCUGGAGCGCAAGUGGCGAGACGAGGAGCUGAUCGAGUCGUUGAGACGUCGCUUCGUGACUGCUAAGCUUGGUGGCGGUGGUUCUGAUGACGAUCUUGAAGAAGGAGACUUGGACGACCUUGAUUCAGAUGACGAGGGCGAUGGUGCUUUCGAGGAUCUGGAGACGGGCGAGGUCUUUGAUGGAUUUGAUGACGAUGAAGACAAGGACGGAGAUGAAGAUGAAGACGAGGGUGACGAGAAGGAACCCGAAGGCCCUGUCGAUCUUGAUGCAGAGCGCGAGCGCAACGCCAAGAGGAAGGAAGAGCUGAAGCUUCGCUUCGAGGAAGAAGAUCGUGAAGGCUUUGCCAAUGCCAAAGACGGCAACCGAGAUGGUCUCGAGGGUGAGUUUGGCGAGGACGAUUGGUACGAUUUACAGAAGGCGAAGAUGCAGAAGCAGCUCGAUAUCAAUCGUGCCGAGUUUGACGAACUUGACCCGGCCUCGCGUGCUCGCGCCGAAGGCUACAAGGCUGGAACUUACGCCCGAAUUGUCCUCGAGAACGUGCCUUACGAGUUCGCCUCCAAAUUCAACCCUCGCUUCCCUGUUAUUGUGGGUGGUCUGGCUCCUACCGAGGAUCGCUUCGGAUACGUGCAGAUUCGCAUCAAGCGACACCGCUGGCACAAGAAGAUUCUGAAGAGCAAUGAUCCCCUGAUCUUCUCGCUGGGAUGGCGCCGAUUCCAAUCAUUGCCCAUCUAUAGCACUUCGGACAGUCGAACCCGUAACCGCAUGCUCAAGUAUACACCUGAGCACAUGCAUUGUUUCGGUGUAUUCUACGGUCCCCUCGUUGCUCCCAACACUGGUUUCUGUUGUGUCCAGUCAUUCUCCAACAAGACCCCCGGCUUCCGCAUUGCCGCGACCGGUGUCGUUCUGAGCGUGGACGAACAUACAGAGAUUGUCAAGAAGCUGAAGCUUACUGGUGUUCCUUACAAGAUCUUCAAGAACACCGCCUUCAUCAAGGACAUGUUCAACUCCUCCCUCGAGAUUGCCAAGUUCGAGGGUGCAUCUAUCAAGACGGUUUCGGGUAUCCGUGGUCAGAUCAAGAGAGCCCUGAGCAAACCCGAAGGCUACUUCCGUGCCACCUUUGAGGACAAGAUCCUGAUGAGUGACAUCGUCUUCCUGCGUGCGUGGUACCCGAUCAAGCCCCACCGCUUCUACAACCCCGUCACCAACCUGCUCGACCAAGAAGAGGGCGGCACAGCCGAUAGCGGCUGGCAAGGCAUGCGACUCACUGGUGAAGUCCGUCGGGAUCAGGGCAUCCCCACACCAAUGAACAAGGACUCAGCCUACCGCAAGAUUGAGCGUCAAGAACGCCACUUCAACCCUCUCCGCGUGCCGAAGCAACUGGCCGCCGAACUUCCCUUCAAGUCGCAGAUCACCAAGAUGAAGAAGCACACGGACAAGACCUACAUGCAGAAGCGUGCUGUCGUCCUCGGUGGCGAGGAGAAGAAGGCCCGCGAUCUCAUGCAGAAGCUGACCACCAUGCGCAACGAGAAGUCGGCCAAGCGGGCGGCUAAGCAAGAGGAGCGCCGUAAGGUCUACCGUGCCAAGGUUGCUGAUAGCUUGGAGAAGAAGACUGCUCGUGAGAAGCGGGAGCGUAAUGAUUACUGGCGGCGCGAGGGCAAGAAGCGCAAGAAUGAUGAUGAGUCUGGUGGUGGCCGUGGUAAGAAGCGCGGUUGA